AUGUUACAGAGAGGACCGCGCUCGCCACACUCGAGUGAAAGCGGCCCAACAAACGCGGAUACUGUUUCGAGAGAGGAGAAGAGAUCGCGGCAUCGUCUACCUUCGGAUCCGCUAGACCUGCACCCGGCACGCUCUGGCUGA